AUGAGAAUUCCCGGGAAUCGGCGCAGUCAGGAACCGGACGAGGUUGGUCAACGGGCCGGCCUGUUCGCCGAGUCGAUACGCGACGGUGACAUGGACCUGGCAUGGUCCAUGCUGUCCAAAGAGACGCGAGGUAUGCGGAUGGGGGUUUGGGCGACGCGCAACAGCAUCGACAUGCAGGUGGCAUACCGGGCGGCCUACGAUGCCGACCACCCAAUGAGACCGUCGCUGCUGGACGAUUUUCGUACGACGGUGUUGCGGUUGUGGCCGCUGGAAGAUCUGACCGACCUGGCCGCCGCGCCGACCCGGUACGUUGACGACGUGCACGCUUUCGUGUUUUUGCCAUUCGGCGUUACGGAUGAGACGGUGGUGCAACACAGCACGUUGAUGUCUGGUUUGGUGAUUCCGAUGCUGCUGGAAGAGUCGUUGUGGCAGGUGGACCUGCCCGGCUGGCGAUUUCUGGACGACUCAAAACGGGGCGGCGAUGGCUAG